AUGUCAUCGUUAUACAGUCAUGCCGAAGGACCUUCCACAUCAACCACCGCCCCGCCAUUGGCCAUAAUUAUAUCUGUAGUUUUGCUCAUUUUGUUUGCCUUUGCCUUUCUCACGGUAUUCUUCUGUAGGUGCUUCCUGCAAAACCUUGUUAGAAUGUGGAGUCGGCGGCAGAAUCCUCCGGGUUCUGUCGAUGCUGCCGCAGGCACCGAUAUGAAUACAGGCCUUGACCCUGAACUAAUUGAAGCUUUCCCUACAUUCUAUUAUUCAACUGUCAAAGAGUUUCGUCGUGAAAAGUACGGUCUAGAAUGCGCUAUUUGCUUAGGAGAGUUCAACGACGAUGAUAUGCUUCGACUUCUAACGAUUUGUUGCCAUGUUUUCCACAAAGAAUGUGUUGAUCUAUGGCUCGAGUCGCACAAGACUUGUCCGUUUUGUCGUGGGGAGCUAGACGAGCCGAGGCAGUCAUUAGACAAAUCCCCAUUUAUUGUUCGUAGCAAUUCCAUGCACGACAUCAGAGCAAAUCAAAGUCCAUUACAAGAUUGUGUUUGCAUCGACAUUAGAGAAGAUAACAACAGCGACACAGUUGGUGGGGGAGAGGAUGGAGCUCCGACUUCUUCAAAUACAAGACAACGGCACCAUAGGAUCCCAAAAUUUUCGAGAUCGAAUUCAACCGGCCACUCCAUAUCUAGGACUAGAGAAGAGGAUAGAUAUACUUUGAGAUUGCCUGAACAUAUCAAAACAAAAAUUGUAGGGGGACACAAGAUCGCGAGAAGCUGUAUCGCAUUCGGCGAUUUUGCCAGCCCCUCCGAAUACAAGAAUCAACGUUUUCGUGAAACAUUGGAGACAUGUCAAGGAGACGAUAAAGUUUGAGUUUAUAGGGUUUUCUUUUAUUCCCACAAACCACAUUUUUGACA